GGGGUUGUAUUGCGCGGUCGCUGCAGCUUCAGGUCCGCAAAUAAUAGGCUGCCCCAGAGCCGCAAGGGGGCGGCCGGAGCCACUGGCGGGCGGCCUGAUAUCCAAUCCCCUGAUGCCUCGAGACCGGAAGAUCGCGCCGAGCAGCCAAUCAGCGGCGACGCUGGACGCAGAUGCGCCGUGACGUCAGGCAAGAUGGCUACGUCUUGCAGGAUUUUUUUUCCUCGCUUAGAUGCUUAGCUUCUUACCCAAGUAGGUUUCAGGGCAGGCACACCCUGCGUUUCCAGCAGCAUGUUUUCCCUCCGAGGCCGCGGCCUCUGGGUCGCAGCGUCCCUCUCCAGACAGCACCUUCCAUCGGCCCGGCUCAGCGGUGACUGUUCAGCGCCCGGCUCUCCGCAUUUCGACGUGGUGGUGGUCGGCGGAGGACACGCCGGGACCGAGGCUGCUGCAGCCGCCGCGCGCUGCGGCUCCCAGACUCUGCUUCUCACACACCGCGUAGACACGAUCGGUCAGAUGUCCUGUAAUCCUUCUUUUGGUGGCAUUGGAAAGGGACAUUUAAUGAGGGAAAUAGAUGCCUUGGAUGGCCUGUGUUCUCGAAUCUGUGACCAGUCUGGUGUGCAUUACAAAGUACUAAAUCGGCGUAAGGGGCCAGCUGUGUGGGGCCUGCGAGCUCAGAUUGAUAGGAAACUCUAUAAACAAAACAUGCAGAAAGAAAUCCUGAAUACGCCGCUGCUUACUGUUCAGGAAGGAGCCGUGGAAGAUCUUAUUCUCACGCAGCCAGAGCCUGGACACCCUGGGAGGUGCCGUGUCAGUGGUGUUGUUUUGGAUUGCUGGGGAUUGAACCAAGUCUUACAUGCUAAACAUAAGUUCUACCCGGGCCGAGGAUUUACCUCAGUGGUUCCGCCGCCUGCCUCGCAAGCGGAAGGACCUGAGUUCGAUGGCCGGUACCAAAAAAAAAAAAAAAAGUUCUACCUUUGCGCUGUGCUCCCCAACCCCAUGGACGGAAGCGCAGUCCAUGCAGAGAGUGUGAUCCUGACCACUGGGACAUUUCUGAGAGGCACGGUUGUGAUUGGACUGGAAACGCACCCUGCAGGGCGCCUGGGGGAUCAGCCUUCCAUAGGGUUGGCUCAGACUCUGGAGAAGUUGGGGUUCGUGGUGGGAAGGUUAAAGACUGGGACUCCGCCCCGAAUUGCCAAAGAGUCCAUUGAUUUCAGUAUUCUAAACAAGCAGACACCAGAUGACCCAUCUGUACCGUUCAGCUUUGUCAAUGAGACAGUGUGGAUUAAGCCAGAAGAUCAGCUGCCCUGUCACCUUACUCACACCAAUUCUGCAGUGGAUGCCAUCAUCCUCGAGAACCUUCACCUCAACAGUCACGUGAAGGAAACUGCAAGCGGACCCCGAUAUUGUCCCUCCAUUGAAUCAAAGGUUUUGCGUUUUCCAAACCGCGUCCAUCAGGUUUGGUUGGAACCUGAAGGAAUGGAUUCUGAUCUCAUCUACCCGCAAGGGUUAUCUGUGACGCUGCCAGCUGAGCUACAGCAGAAGAUGAUCUUGUGCAUCCGAGGCCUGGAGAAGGCGAAAAUGGUUCAGCCAGGCUACGGUGUUCAGUACGAUUACUUAGAUCCCCGGCAGAUCGAGCCUUCCCUCGAGACCCACUUGGUUCAGAGGCUCUUCUUUGCAGGACAGAUCAACGGCACCACUGGUUAUGAGGAAGCUGCAGCUCAGGGUGUGAUAGCCGGAGUCAACGCCAGCCUUCGGGUCAGUCGCAAGCCCCCCUUCAUUGUUAGCCGUACGGAAGGCUACAUAGGUGUCAUGAUCGAUGACCUCACCACCCAGGGCACCAGCGAGCCCUACCGCAUGUUCACCAGCCGCGCUGAGUUCCGCCUGUCACUGCGCCCAGAUAACGCCGACAGCCGGCUCACGUUCCGAGGCUAUGAGGAAGCUGGCUGCGUGUCCCAGCAGCGGUACAACAGAGCGGCCUGGAUGAAGUCCUCCUUAGAAGAAGGCAUUUCUGUGUUGAAAUCUAUUGAGUUUUCAAGCUCCAAGUGGAAAAAAUUAAUCCCACAGGUUUCUAUAAGUACCAGUAGAAGUCUCCCUGUCAGUUCUGGAGAGAGAAAAGUCCAAGCUUUGGCACCAACAUAUGUGAUGUCUGCUGAAGGAGUUAUCUUUGUUUCCACACUGGCAACUUCUUUCUGCAUCCUCGCCUGCCAGAAGCAACAGCAGGCUCCUUCAAGCUUCUGUACAGGAUCUCACUAAGGUGCUCAGACUCAGUCCUCCUGCCUCAACUGUCUGGUGUCCAAUGACUACAAGCUUGUGCCACCACACCUGCCUACAAAUGCACUUGAAAAGUUUGAUAAGUGCUGGGAUGUAGCUCAGUGGUAGAGUACAUGCUUAGCAUGCAGAGUGCUUUAGAUUCAAUCCCCGGUGCCAGAGAAAUAGAUUUUCAAAUCAAGUCAAACUUGUAUGUUUUCUUCCUGAAAUUGUAUGAUUUGGGAUCUUAUAUUUAGGUCUUUAGUCCAUUUUGUAUUAAUUUUUGUUUGCAAUGUGGAUAUCCAUCAUUCCCAGCAUCAUUUAUUGAGAUUUAUCCUUUUGCCAUGGUGUCUUGGGAGAAUCAUUUGCUCACAUAUGAAAUAUAUAGCACAGUGUUUCUUGACUAUCCUGUUCUAUUGGGGGGAGGGGUGUGGACUUACAGAAAAUAAUUUGUGUUUUAAUGUAAAAACUUACUGCAGUAAAAGACACAUUGUCAUUAAUCUUCCUCAGAACACUACCCUUUAUUAUGAACACACUUAUCCCAUUGUUCUUGCCACUCUUUGAGGCAGUUCUGGAAGUUUUCUUUCAUGUCUUUGCAACCUGUGAUCAAAAAUACGAUGAAUGAAUGGGCCGGGAAUUUAGCUCAGUAGCGCCACACCUGCCUUGCAAGCACAAUGUCCUAAGUUCAAUCCUCAGUACUGCAAAAAAAAAAAAAAAAAAAAAAA